AUGAUUAGCAGUAUAUUAUGCGUGGGCUCCAUUGUGAUAGCAGUUCAUGAAAUGGCGGAGGGGAACGGGGAGUUAUCAAUAAAAGAGGAACAUGAUUUAGAGAGAACACUUGAUUACCAUAAGUUGAUAGAUUAUGGACUUGACGCAAAGGUUGCUACCAAAUUAGAUGAGAUUUAUCAAACUGGAAAACUUGCUCACAUCGAUUUGGAUGACAGGGCUUUGGAUGCUUUAAAAGAGUUUCAAGUAGAAGGUGCUCUUAAUGUUUUGACACAGUUUUUGGAAUCAAAUUUAGAGCAUGUUUCCAACAAAUCUGCUUAUCUAUGUGGAGUUAUGAAAACAUAUAGGCAAAAAAGCAGAGCUGGUACUACAGGUAGUGCCUUAACAGGUGGUCCAAUAAUAAAAGCUCCUGAUGAGGAAAAAAUUAAAGCUAUAUUAGACAGAACUGGAUAUACUUUAGAUGUGACUACCGGUCAAAGAAAGUAUGGUGGUCCUCCUCCUAAUUGGGAAGGUCCUACUCCAGGCUCGGGUUGUGAGGUUUUUUGUGGAAAAAUUCCAAAAGAUAUGUACGAAGAUGAGCUAAUUCCAUUGUUUGAAAAAUGUGGAUCAAUCUGGGACUUGAGAUUAAUGAUGGAUCCCAUGACAGGCCAGAACAGAGGCUAUGCUUUUGUGACCUUUACCAGUAAAGAAGCUGCUCAAAAUGCUGUUAGAGAGCUAGAUAAUCACGAAAUGAAACCUGGAAAACCUUUGAAAGUUAACAUUAGCGUACCGAACCUGCGACUCUUUGUCGGAAAUAUACCAAAAUCUAAAGGCAAAGAGGAAAUCAUGGAAGAAUUUAGUAAAUUAGCAGCUGGGUUAACAAAAGUGAUCAUAUAUAGCUCACCUGAUGAUAAGAAAAAAAAUAGAGGUUUUUGUUUUUUGGAAUAUGAAUCGCACAAAGCAGCAUCCUUGGCCAAAAGACGUCUUGGUACAGGUCGUGUAAAAGUUUGGGGUUGCGACAUAAUUGUUGAUUGGGCUGAUCCGCAAGAAGAACCCGACGCCGAAACCAUGUCAAAGGUAAAAGUGUUAUAUGUGAGAAACCUGACGCAAGACUGUUCGGAAGAAAAGCUAAAAGAAUCUUUUGAAGUUUAUGGUAAAAUCGACAGAGUAAAAAAAAUUAAAGACUAUGCAUUUAUACACUUUGAAGAUAGAGAUAAUGCAAUCAAAGCCCUCAAUGAAUUAAACGGUAAAGAUUUGGCUGGAGCGUGUAUUGAAGUGUCUCUUGCAAAACCCCCGUCCGAUAAAAAGAAGAAAGAAGAGGUUUUAAGAGCAAGAGAAAGAAGAAUGAUGCAAAUGAUGCAGGGCAGGGGAGGAUCAUCACCCAGUCAUCCUGCCAUGAUGGGAAGUCCAAUGGCAUCUUUGCGUGGACCCGGAGCGGGUCCACGAGGUUCUGCUGGUGGUUUGAGAUGCGCAGCCAUGGGGAGGGGUGAUUAUGAUUACGAUUACGACUAUUAUGGUUACGGAGAUUGUAGGGGCGGCUACAGUGAUCCUUAUUAUGACGAUUACUAUCGAUACGACGACUACUUUUAUGAUUUUACUCCGCCCCCACCGCCAGCUAGAGGGACCAGAAGCCGACAGGCUUUGUUGGUGGGUUCUCGAAAAAUAAAUUAA